GUACAGAUCUAAGUUCACCGUCGUGCAGUGAAUAGUUAAGCUAGCUUGCUUUGUGUUUGAUUCUUUGCCAUCGUCAAUGUAGCCAAGCAUCCAGCACGUGCAACUUUUCCAGUGAUACAUCGUAGCGUGAUAAUCGUAAACGAUGCUUGUAGCAAAUGUCAAUUAACCAGAGUCAAUGUUACUAAAUUGCCGGAAAGGAUCAAAAUUUAAACGUUUAUUUUUUAAUUUACUUAAGUUACUUUAAAAAAAGCAGUGUAUUCAGCCCCUGUCUAUUUUCUUUCUGCUGCAACGCAGCGUUUUUAAUUAAAUUAAUUGCUGUCAAUUAUGUCACAAGUCUCCGUUAGGAGGGUUUUUUAGGCAUAUGCUUUUUGCACCCAGAUGUCAGUAACCAGCAAUGCUAUUUGCACCCGGGAUGGGGAGAAAAAAGAAGACAUUGCACGACUAUGCUGCCGAGUUCAACGAUCUGGGAGUUAAGAGGCAGCUGGUGGAGCAGCACAACUCCGGAGAAAGGACCGUACUGGAAAUACUGUACUGUAAAUCAUGCGAGAUCCCGGUGAGAGUCCGCAGAGACCGGAUACUCGAGCACCUGGCUUCGGCCAGACAUUUCAGGAACAGACGACUCGCAAAGCUGUGGGACCGCAAGCCCAGUCACCUGUCACCAGAAGUGGAGGCACCGCCAGGUUCGCCGGGGGAGUCGGACUCCACGUCUCCUCUGGCCUUGCAGUCCAAGCUCAUCUUGGCUGGGAACUGCUGCUCCUCUUCCAGCCUGGUGUCCCGCUCCUGUCCCCCCUCUCAGUCAGCUUCUGGGGUUUGCUCUGGUGGGAGCCCCAAGGGGAAGGGUGUGGUCACCCCAUCGGUCUCCGCCCCCCGGACUUGUGGCUUGGGGCUUCAGGCAUCGGGCCCAAGGCCCCGGCUGCUGCCCCCGGAUGUGGCCCGGCCUGCUUUCGGGGGAUGGAAGCCAGGUGGCUUUGGUACCGGACUGGCAGUGUUCGGCGCUGGAUCUGGCAGCACAGCCCUGUGCCGCAGCCUGCUGGAGGAGAGCCGCUGCCAGCUGUUGUAUGUGGUGGAUGACCAGCGCCGGGAAGUGGAAGGUCUCUUCAGCCAGGAGCGACUGGCCCACACCAUGCUGCUGCGCGCCGCGGAUGCAGACGUCGUGCUGAGUGACCCGCGGGUUACAGGAGUCAUCGUCUGCUCUCCACCGAACGAGGCCUCGGCAAUUGUCCUUCGUGCCUUACGUGCAGGAAAAGGUGUGUUUUGCGAAAGGCUGCCCAGUUUAGACAGGAACAUCGCCGAGUCUUGUUUCGACGAAGCGGACCGGCGAGGAAGACCACUUGUGUGCGGCUUUUACAAACGCUUUGACCCAGCCCUGCAGUACUUAUACAAGCGAGUGAAUGAGAACGACAGUCUUGGUAGGAUACAGAAGAUUUCAGCUGUGAGUCGCCUGUAUCCUCAGCCCUCUGUCGCCGCUAUCAGAUCAUCUGGCGGAAUCUUUCACGGAGUGGCUGUGCAUGACAUCGACAUCAUCUGCUGGAUGCUGGGGGAGACGAUCCCAGACACCGUCUUUUCGCUGGGCCAUGCGUUCUGUGCAGAGCUGGCUUCCCUCAAUGACGCCGAUGCUGUUUCUGUCAGCAUGAAGUUCCCCAGUGGCGCCAUCGCAUCCCUGGACGUGAGCCAGCACUGCAACAAGAGCUGCGACCAGAGACUCGAAGUGUACGGCUCCGAGGGAUCCCUGCAGAUGGAGAACAGGAAUCCGCUGGGCAUCUCCGAUCACAGCCGUUCGCCAGGCCCCUGCCCCCAGAGCGCCGCCGACCGCUUCCGGGACGCCCACGGAGAACUGCUGCGGCAUUUCCUCCGCACACUCCGAGGACGGGAGGCACCGUUCUUCAGCAAAGAGCAGUACCUGUGGACGGUGCAGGUGGCGGCGGCCGCGGAGCAGUCCUGGAAGAACGGCUCUGCCGUGGACCUGCGCCACAUGGCAGCCAACAGCACCACCACCAUCAAGACUGAGGCGUGACACGUCACCUUCAUGGGGUGAUUCGUUUUCACUCAGCGUCACCUGGACUGUCGCUCUCUUUGGCUCACAUUUCUCCUCCCUCUCGCCCUGUUUGACAGUAAACGCUCCGUCUCGCAGUAAGUUUAUCGGGUCUAUAAGCGGGGUCAGGUGCAAUAGGAGCCAGACUGAUGGUCUGUUGCAAGUCAUCGUUUCGAAAGCUGAUUUCAUCCCGCUCGAGCUAAGGAGGGACGAAGGCCUAGAGAUCCGUCCUUUAGAAAUAUAUACCAGCUCUAUGCUUUAUCAGUUUAGGAUCACGCUGGGCAUGUGGUCGGUUAUUAGAGGAUCACCAGUGAUACUCUACCUGCACUAAGAAUAUAGUGACGGUGUGCGUUUUCCAAAUAAUCCAAAUUUGUUUUUAGAAAAUAGUCAUGAAAAAAACUCACUAGGAGUAGAGUUUGUAGCAGAUCCACAUUUGGGUAAUUUAACUGAAGUCUUAUUAAGGCUUGUCUUCCAAACGUACUAUUGUAACUGUGACAUUAUGCUCCGAAGACGUACUGUGUUCCGGUGACUGUUCUGGUGCUAUCUCCCUGUGCUUUUGUGACAUAUAUGUACAUAUAAUUACACUUCUCCAGUUUUGUUAUAUUUAGUUCUUUAGUUUGUUUUUCUUCUGAAGAAUUCAUCAGUAUAAAAAUAUGGCUCCGAGGUUGUGUCCCUGCCAGAGGCGCUCGGUGGGAUUGUGAAGGUAAACAUAUAAACUUAGUGUGGAGUGAAUUUCACACACUUUAUUCCAGGUAGGAGGUUAGAAAGCACGUUUCACCAUGAUGCUUUUGCAGUCGCAGGGGAAGUUUGAAGCGAAUCAUAUCCUCGACAAACAGUACAGAACUACUGCUGUCUGUCAUGGGCAGACAUGGGCUCGCAACCUGCUAGCUGCCAGUUCAAAUGCCGGCAGGUAUCUUGAUGUUGUACCCUUGAGCAAAGUUAACUAAGGCAAAAUGCUGCAGUCAUCGUUCUCCAAAACACUCUCUCCACAUUCAUCCUCCAAAAAACAUCACAACACACUGCGGCUCCCACACACUUCUCUCGAUACACUCUCUUCCCUUCUCUCACACCGCUCCCUUCACCGCAGCUCCCGCCCGACACACACGCUACCCUAACCCUGUGCCAAAGUGACAUUUGAUAAGUUGCUUUGAUUUGUGGAUACCAGCACAGAUCAAAUAUCAUUAACUGUAAAAAAUAUGAAAUGGCAUGAUUAUUCUAUAGCGAAAAGCAGGACUGCUGGAGCCUGUCUGUGAAGCAAUACAUCCACGACUGGCCGUGAGACAACGCUGUAAAAAUAAGCCACGUCCUCUCUACCUAAAAUGGGAGAGAAAACUUACAAUGUUGUACAGCUCUGAAGAUGAAACCGAAAUCUAAAAUCUUAAGAUUAUCAUUUAAUACUGCAUUUAUGAGUAACAUUUCAUUUGAUUCCUUUGAUGUCUAACCAGCCAGGACAAUUACCAUCAACCCCGAAAGCUAGUGCUACCAUUUCUGAACAGAAAAUUUCAUGCAAAUAUAUACUUUCUCUAUCAGGUUUUUUUUUUUUUUUUUAUA